UCCGUCCUUUUGGAGCAAACGUCUACGAAUUAGAGUGAUUUAUGUUAUGCAUUGCACGAUUAAAAACGUCCUUCAAAGCUGCUGUUACGUUAACUACUGGCAUCUGCGACAGUUUCUGGAGCAUUUAUCAAUGUCAACGUGCGUGGCUUAAUUACAUUAGCAGCUACAGCAGCUUGUAAGCUAACACGAUCUGAUUAUGAAAAGCACACAUGACACACAUAUACGAGCGUCUGCGAUGCGAAGGUACAUGCAUUGCAAGUAUUGAGGUGCUGCAGUCAGGGAUAGAACACAAUCUGACAGUCUGUCAGAAAAGAAUCAAAUACAUCGAAGGUAGCGGUACGCUAUUCCAUAAUGGAUACCAAUCCAUUCUCAAUUGAAAGCAUUCUGAAAAAGAACUCGUCCACGCCGACUGAUAACACAGAGGAACCCAAACCUUCGAAAUCAACAGAGGCCCUUUCACUCGCUGUGAAACUAGCUGACGUUAUUUUAGAAGCUCGACAAGAGAAAACUCGCCGUACACCACGGCGCACGCGCACAGCCUUCACGCACCAGCAGUUGGGAAUCCUGGAGAAAUCCUUCAGUAAAACACAUUACCCAGAUGUAGAGCUCAGAGAGCAACUGGCUGAGAAGACCAAUCUGCAAGAAAGCCGGAUUCAGGUCUGGUUUAAAAACAGACGUGCCAAAUACCGCAAGGAAGUAAGAACGUGUCUUCCACAAGACAGCUACGACAGUGAUGAGGAGCACAUUUCUACUGCUUGUCCAGUGACACCGACCCAAGUCCCGCCGUCUUGUUUUCAGUGCAACACAGUUCCAUAUUAUUUCAACUAUAACGAGCCUAUAGACUCAAUGAGAUCUUUUGGAUGUUCCACGAGCAUGUACCCCACACUCACUUCACACACUCAGUUGGCACCAGCACAUGGAAUACACGGUUGGCAGCCAGUUACAAACCUGAUGAUGGAUCAUAAGCAUCUGGGAGAUCUGUGGCGUGGAUGAUAAUGAUAUUAGAUUUAUCGCCCUAUUUUUUCUUUUUUCUUUUGUUUUUCUUUUGUUUUUGUUUUUGUUUUCCGAUAAACUCGAAAUUACGGAGCACUUUAACCAUUAACUAGAGUCUAUCUUAGUUAUCUCGAACGAAAUCCACAUAUUCGCAUCCCACGACAGACGUGGGGCCUUUUAAAUUACAAGACACAUUCAGAAACUAUAUGUAUGCCCAUUGUUUUUCUGCGCGCCGAUACAAUU